AUGAAUAAACAUAUAUUUAUAUUAGUGUUUAAUAAUUAUAUUUUAAAGAGAUUAAUUUUUAGAUUUAUUAGCUCUAUAAAUUCAUUAAAAGCCGGUAGAUAUCGUUACAAAUGGAGUGAAGUUAUCAUUAGACCAUGUGUAUUGAUUGCACACAACUAUAUCGAUGACUUAAAAUUGUGUUUAGAGCAAAGGAGUUUCGAGAAUAACUAUGAUAGGCGAGGAAAUAGUUCAAUAGAUAGCAUUCCAAAGAUAUUCAAAGUUGCCAUGAAAACCAAGAGUGAUCUUCAAUUGAUACGAUAUCUUGCCGACCAUUAUCAAGAUGAAUUGGUAAAGCAAAGCGUUGAUCAACGAUCUGGAUAUAUGUCAUCGUCGAUAGCAUUCAUCAAUAUCAAUAGAAUCAUAGCGAAUGCAGCGAAAUUCGAUAGAUUCGAUAUCAUUGAUUAUCUUUUAAGUAGAUUCGCGUCGUUCAGCCAAUGGGAUUGGUAUUCGGCAAUGGUUAAAGCACCGCUUUCCAACAAUUUUGAACUACUAAAGUAUUUUGUGAUAGAGUGUAAUAACAACGGUGGAUACGACACCAAACAAAUGUCAAAUCACAAAAAGACAGUGUUGGACAAUGCCGCGCUAAUUGGAAGCAUUGAAAUGCUAGAGUAUGUUAUCGAUACUCGUAGACAGGAUCUCCAACAGAGUACGAUGUUUAGAUAUGCAAUCCAAGGCGGUAGAAUGAAUGUAUUUAAAUAUCUAUUGAAGAAGUUUAAACAUCGGCUUGCCGUUGAGAGGGAUCACCUCUUGGAAGUGGCAUCGGCGCACAAUCAAUUCGAAAUGGCAAAGAUCUUAAUGGAUCACGGUGUGGUAGCUAAUUAUUCUAUUGCAAUGGCCAAUUCCAUUAGAAAUGGCAAUCUCACAAUGCUCCAGUGGUUUCACGAUCAUGGCGAUGGUUUUAAAAGUUUUUUGAAUACCGAAUCAAUGUUCUACGCGGUGAUAAACGGUGACUUUGAAAUGGUUCGAUGGAUUCACUGUAACACUACUAUUGAACCAACAACAGAGAUGUUCGAUACGGCUGCCAGACUCGGAUAUCUAAAGAUUCUAAGAUAUUUCCAUGCGAAUUUCCCAAAUACAAACUGUAGUUAUGAAGCGUUCGAUGACGCCGCUGCCAACGGCCACCUGGACGUCCUCGAAUUUCUAAAUGAGAAUAGCAAUGUAGGUUGUUCUAUACAGGCAAUGAAUGAAGCCUCAAGAAACGAUAGACUCGAUGUUAUUAAAUGGUUACAUAAUAAUAGGAGUGAAGGAUGUAGUAAAAAAUGUAUGGACUAUGCUGCUAGAAAUUCGAAUUUGCAUAUUGUCAAGUGGUUACAUCAAAAUCGUACUGAAGGUUGUACCACCGAUUCUCUAGAUCAUGCUAUUUUCAACGAAGAUUUAGAGAUGGUAAAAUGGUUUUAUCAGAAUAGAACUGAAGGGUCUACUUACAAAGUAGAAGAAGUCAUUGCACAAGGAAACAAGGAAUUAAUUCAAUUUAUAUUAACCAAAAAUAAAUAA